GGACGGGUGCAUGUCGGCGUUGCCAUCAAAAGCUAAGGUCGUGGUGUGUGGCGGCGGGGUGAUGGGCGCUGCGGUCGCGUACCAUCUCGCGAAAAGAGGCUGGGGACAGAAGACCGUUCUCAUCGAGAAAGAAAAGAUAGGCGCAGGAAGCCGCUGGCAUGCGUCAGGUCUGAUUGGAGCAUUCAAACCAUCACUGGCGCAAGUACGGCUUACGCAGUCCUCCAUACAGCUGCUGCAAGAAUUGGAAGCGCGAGGGCGGAAUACUGGGUGGAAGCAAUGCGGGUCUUUGCUCCUUGCUCGCACUAGGGACAGGAUGACUGUGUACAGGCGAAUGAAGAGUCAAUCAGUUUCUUGGGGUAUACCAUGCGAAUUGGUUACCCCGAAGAAAUGCCAGGAGAUUUGGCCGAUGUUGAACGUGGAGGACGUACUCGGUGGUCUGUGGAUACCGGGCGACGGAGUCGGAGACCCUCAUCUUUUCUGCAUGGCGUUGAUGAGAGAAGCUGUUGAAAACGGUGUUGGUGUCAUGGAGGACUGUGCUGUUACUGCGGUGUUGACCAAAGACGACAAAGUUUCCGGCGUGAAGACGACACACGGUGACAUUGAGUGUGAAUAUUUUAUCAAUUGUGCAGGAUUUUGGGCUCGAAAGGUGGGUCAGCUAACUCUGCCUCAAGUCAAAGUGCCUCUGGUGCCAUGCGAGCAUUAUUAUUUGCACACAAAGCCUUUAGAUAACUUGGAUCCAAUGACGCCUGGUAAUAUGACUACUAUACUCCGUCCAACCAUUUAUAUAACUUUAGACAUAUGCAACCAUGGACGAAAAUUCCAUACUUCCUGGACUCUUUUAUUAUUUAGUUUUAUUGAAGAAGUUCUCUUUAGCUCCGGUAUUUAUCAAGCCAACAGAUUGUGUAACGAAGAUUAUUCAAGUUGAUAAAUUUUAUACCAGUCUAAUAAAUUAUAAUGGAUCGUCGACUUCUUCUCCAUAUGAAUGAGAAU